AUGUUCGAGGAAUAUGCGGAUGGGGUCAACGGAUUCAUCGAGACGACCGAAGCGCUCCCUGUCGAGUACGCGAUGCUGGACGAAUCGCGGAAGCAUGGGACGCCGAAAGAUUGUCUCGCCGUAUCAAGGCGCGGCACGUCUGAUGGGUACAUGGAGGCCAAGCGUGUGGGGGCGAAGACGGUGGCGAGCUCGGCGCACGAGCGGGCGGCGGAGCUCAUGCCCCCAGUACAAAAGGGAGAGGGAGACUGCUGA